AUGCGAUCUUCUCUUCUCCUCGUCCUCUUCUCAGCGGCUGUAGGGGCAAAAACUGUGUCCAACGGACAAACACUCACCCUCAACGGCGUACCCUACUAUCUCAGUGGGAUCCCGAUAUCGAAUUUCUCAUGCAAUGCUUUCGAUAAAGCAAGUGGCAAUGUCGACAUCUUCCCAUUUACAGUCAUCCAGACUUCUAGCACCGUGGAUGGUAGUUUCCUGAGUCAAACAGUUACCAAUUUUACCCAGCAGGAUGAUGUGUUUCAACCUGCCUUUCUUCAGACCGUCUAUUUGACAUCCUCUGACGAAGCGUCGAAAAUCAACGAACUGUCUGGCAGCGAGGCUUUGCACCAGUUCGACAAUCAAAUGCUUCUAACCGAAUCUAAUGCCUCCCUGUCUACGCCCCUUCCGAGUGGGCCUUACUUUGCUUCCGUCCGCACAGGGCACGUUUUCAGAGCUUAUCGUCUCUACUCUGACGACUCUUUGGCCUUCAUCUCGGCCGCAAUUAGCGAUGAGAAUGGUGGCUUUAUCCCCAUGACUGGAGUUACAGAGGGCGUCAUGACGAAGAAUGUCGCUGUCCCAUCCCGUCUCUACUAUACCCCUACUGCUGAAAGGCCUUUAGCUGGUCUCCGGCUAGGUGUGAAGGAUAUCUUCCACGUUAAGGGUCUUAAAACCAGCGGUGGAAGCCGUGCGUACUAUUACCUCUACGACGAGCAGAACAUUACCACUCCCUCUGUGCAACGGCUCUUCGACUUGGGUGCUGUAAUGGUUGGAAAGAUGGGUACUGUUCAGUUCGCCAACGGUGAUCGUCCUACUGCUGACUGGGUUGAUCUCCACUGUCCCUUCAAUCCACGAGGAGAUGGAUAUCAAUACCCUAGUGGUUCUUCGUCUGGUUCUGGUGCGGGUAUUGCCGCGUAUGAAUGGUUAGAUCUGACUAUUGGCAGUGACACGGGUGGUUCCAUGCGUGGACCUGCCGGUGUACAAGGUGUUUAUGGUAACCGACCAUCAACUGGAGCUAUUACUAUGGAGAAUGCCUUGCCACUCUCGCCCCCGCUCGAUACCGCCGGUAUCUUCGCACGAAGCGCGUCUUUAUGGUCAAAGACUGUCCAAGCUUGGUACCCCAAUUUCAACCGCAGUUAUCCAUCCCGCCCCAAACAAGUCUAUCUCUCUCAUAGCAACUGGGACGAGUACACCACGCCGGAAGCAAACGAACAUCUCGAAGCAUUCAUGCAGCAACUCGAAGAUUUCCUCGAUGCGAAUCGCACCAUCGUCAAUGUCACAGAACGUUGGUCAGAAACCCACAACUCACACCCUUUGAUCAACCUUCUCAACACAACCUACGCCUACCUUGUCUCCGUCGACCAAUGGAAUAAUCUUGCCAAAGGCUUCUUUGCGGACUAUGCCCAGGCUCACGAUGGCCGUCGUCCAUUCAUUAACCCCGGUCCACUGGCGCGCUGGGAGUGGGGCCUAGCAAAUGGCGCAAAUGCAUCCUACGACGUCGCCCUGCAGAAUAUGACUAUCUUCCGAGACUGGUGGUCAACGUCCGGCUACGGACGACCUGACAAUGAAUCCUGCUCGGAAGGUAUUUUCGUACACGCCUGGUCGACUGGAGCAGCAGACUACCGCAACCGAUACUUCAACCCCCCUGGUCCCCCAUUCGGAUUCACAGACGACAAUAUCGCCGUUUUUGCAGGCACACCCGAAGUCGUGGUCCCAUUGGGCGAGUCUCCAUAUAACAGUACCAUCACAUUGCAUGAGGAGUAUCUCCCUGUUUCAAUCGCCCUACAGAUGGCUCGAGGCUGCGAUCGGGCACUUGCGGAGUUGGUGGAUGAUCUGGGCAAUGCAGGAAUUUUGAAGCCUGUUUCUGCGGGUUCAAGAUUAUAUUCUUCUUAA